UUGGUUUAUACUAGCUCGUAAAAAGGGCCAUGGAUAUUGGAUAAGCUUUUUGGACUGAUUCCCAGAAGUAUUGGUGAUUGAAGCAUAAACAAAUCCUUUGGGAAUAGCUUAUAAAAGCGAGAAACUGGUGGGGAAAGGGUUAAUAUAAAAACCUGGGUCUUAUGCUAAAUCAAUUUUCAAGGACAUCCGAAAUUCCGCUAGUUAUGAGAGUUUUCUCUUCAUUAACCAACCUAACUCGUUGGAAUGCCUGUCUUACUAUAUCAGCACGUCUGCCUGGGUAUUCUGCUAAGACAUCAGGCCUUGGUGUACGAUGUGCAUCUAUCAUGCACCACGUUGAAGACGAUAAGCCUGUAAAUAUGACAGAUCCAUAUGUGAAACCAAAGAAAAAAUGUUUUAUCUGUGAGAAAAAUAUCCCACUCGACUACAAGAAUGUACGUUUGUUGUCUCAAUUUGUCUCACCCUACACUGGACGUAUAUAUGGUCGCCACAUAACAGGAAUGUGUAUUCCAAUGCAAAAGAGAAUAUCCCAAUUGAUUACGAAAUCCAGGCAGUUUGGUUUUAUGCCUUUCGAAAGUAAAGAGAGUGUUUUCGUGGCUGAUCCCAGAAUAUCUGCCCCAUCAAAAUCUCGAUGAACUUAGUACAGUGUAAAAAGGACUUUUAGAAUACAAUUAUAAUAACGUUUUUCGUUUUUCUAAUACUUAAUUCAUCUGUGAGUAUCUUCUAUUCUAUUUUGUCCAACUUGAAAAUACUAGGUCCUCAGUACUGCCAUUCCGAAAUAUAUUUAGUUUGAAAACUAGUUAAAGUGGUUAGUAAAACUGUAAGGAUUUAUAUCUGUGGUUUAGUUUGCUCACCGUUACCACACUUACCUAGUCUAAGUGGGCAUUUUCAC